AUGUGUCCAACUGUUGUGGUGCAUCCAGAUAGCCCUCAACCCACUACAUCAUCACCUGCACAUGCUGCAGUGUGCCCUUCACCGCUUGUUGCGCCCAAUUCACAUGUUGUGAUGCAUCAAAUUGUCACAAUGCCUUCACCUAGNCCUACUGUUGAAGCCAAUCAGCCUAAACCUGAGAUGUGUCCAACUGUUGUGGUGCAUCCAGAUAGCCCUCAACCCGCUACAUCAUCACCUGCACAUGCUGGAGUGUUCCCUUCACCGCUUGUUGCGCCCAAUUCACAUGUUGUGAUGCAUCAAAUUGUCACAAUGCCUUCACCUAGUCUACCCACGGAUACUCUCCCCACCCCCGACAACAUC